UUUUCCUACUGAAAUUUCAAAACAAGAAAAAUCUAGAAUUCUCACUGUUAACCCAACCCAAGCAUUGAUCUUUCAGAAUUGCAUUUUCUGAAGAAAUAGUGUUAGAUUACCGAAAACCUUUCACCAUUCUUCAAUCUUAAAUCAAUAACUCCUCAAAACUGUACGCUCAUUCCAAUCAAAGAACUGGAAUCGAUCGUCAUUGCCAUGAUACGCCAAUUUCUCUGAUUUCCGUUCCAAUUUUAGAGAGAUUUAAACAAUCGGAAAUGGCGACGAGUAUUGGCGACGACAUGAUAAUAUCACCGACUAGCGGCGGCGAUAUAAGUGUUCAUCCUGGUAAAGAGCAACAAGCUGCCGGAGUUGGAAUUCUUCUGCAAAUUAUGAUGCUUGUUCUUUCCUUUAUCCUUGGUCAUGUUCUUCGUCGCCAUAAAUUUUAUUAUCUCCCUGAAGCUAGCGCUUCUCUUCUCAUCGGAUUAAUUGUAGGUGGACUUGCUAACAUUUCUAAUACUGAAAUCAGCAUCAGGGGAUGGUUUAAUUUCCACGAGGAAUUCUUUUUCCUGUUUUUGCUACCUCCUAUUAUAUUUCAGUCAGGGUUCAGUUUAGCACCUAAACCAUUCUUUUCGAACUUUGGGGCAAUUGUCACAUUUGCUAUUCUAGGAACAUUUAUAUCUUCAAUUGUUACUGGUUGUCUUGUUUACCUUGGCGGUCUCUUAUACCUCAUGUACCCGCUCCCUUUAGUUGAAUGUUUAAUGUUUGGUGCUCUAAUAUCAGCAACGGAUCCCGUCACUGUUUUAUCAAUUUUCCAGGAACUUGGUACAGAUACAAACCUUUAUGCUUUGGUGUUUGGAGAAUCUGUCUUAAACGAUGCUAUGGCAAUAUCCCUGUACAGGACAAUGUCCUUGGUGAAUAGUCAUGCUUCAUCUGGAACAAAUUUCUUCAUGUUAGUUGUCAGAUUUCUUGAGACAUUUGCUGGAUCAAUGUCUGCUGGUGUGGGAGUUGGAUUCAUUUCUGCAUUGCUCUUCAAGUAUGCUGGUUUGGACAUCGACAAUCUUCAGAACUUAGAGUGCUGCCUUUUUGUCCUUUUUCCAUAUUUCUCUUAUAUGCUUGCUGAAGGUCUUGGACUCUCUGGAAUUGUGUCGAUAUUGUUCACCGGCAUAGUCAUGAAGCACUACUCCUACUCAAAUUUGUCUGAAAAUUCUCAGCGAUUUGUUUCUGCAUUUUUCCAUCUUAUAUCAUCACUAGCUGAAACAUUUGUAUUCAUAUACAUGGGGUUUGAUAUUGCAAUGGAACAACAUAGCUGGUCCCAUGUUGGAUUUAUCUUUUUCUCAAUUAUAUUCAUUGUAGUUGCAAGGGCAGCAAAUGUCUUUUCUUGUGGAUAUUUGCUCAAUUUGGUUCGACCUGCACGUCGUCAAAUACCUUUAAAACAUCAGAAAGCUCUCUGGUACAGUGGACUUCGAGGGGCUAUGGCUUUUGCUCUGGCUUUGCAAUCAAUUCAUGAUCUCCCAGAAGGGCAUGGGCAGACAAUAUUUACUGCAACCACAGCCAUAGUUGUAUUGACGGUGUUGUUAAUUGGAGGCUCAACUGGUACUAUGCUGGAAGCUUUGCAAGUUAUUGGAGAUAGUCAUGAUGGAGCCUCGGACGAUAGUUUUGAGGGGAACAAUGGCUACAUUGCUCCCUCUUAUAACGAGGAUGGUGAGUCAGGAAACAGGUUCAAGAUGAAAUUAAAAGAAUUCCGCAGGAGUGCUCCCUCUUUCACAGCAUUAGAUAGGAAUUACUUAACUCCUUUCUUCACUAGUCAAAAUGGAGAUGAAGCAGAUCAUGAUGAUGAGCCUAUGCCGAGUACUAGAAGAGCGGGUUACCAUGGAUAUCACUGAUUUCCUGCGAUAGAUGCUGAAUUAACAUUGUAGAUAAUUUACAGAUGACCGACGAGAAGGUUUUGGAGGUGCACAUACUUUUGCAACUCGAAGACCUUUCUGGGUACUGACAAAUACUACACAUUUUUAGAUGUCAUAGUAGACAAAUAUAUCGGCAGUGAUACAUAAGAAUAUAUAAUGAAUAUGCUGAUUUAUUUUGUAAUUUGGCCUGAUAACUAAACAUCACAGUAAUGUAAAUGAUAUUGUCCUAAUCUUUUAAAGAAAAAUUAUUACACACAACCGUUGCGCCAUGUCAUUCGUGCAACAAGCCAAUGAUGCGUUAGCCAUAUGCAAAAAAUGAUAAUAAAAAAAUUAAAUGAUAAUUAAAAGAUUCCCUAUCGCAAAUGCUCAUUGGCUUGUUGUAAAUAUGACAUGGCACAACCAAUGCAUGGGAUAAACACUUUUAAAUCCGUCACUAUUAGCGCUUGUUCAUUUGUUUACAAACUCCUCGGCCAACUCUAUCAGAUUGUUUAUGAGUGGCUAUUAAAUGCUUCUUAAUUCUAUAUAUGGAUUCUUUCGAGCUAUUAAUUAUCAAUUUAGUAUAAACA